CCUCUUCCUCCUCCCGCGAAAGACGAGAAACUCCCGUCUCUACCCCCGCUCGACUUCGGCGACCACUCUUCUGCUCCACCCCCGCCGCCUAAGAUUGUCCAUGAUCUCGCAGCAGAACCGCACACCCAGACGCCCCCCAAACCCUUGGCUCCCAUCGAUGUGAAAGCUUCUCUGGCGGUAUCCGAGCUCUCUCUCGGCUCUGCCCCCCUCACGCCCGUCACGCCGCUGCCUGGGCAGAUGCCACCUUCGCCCUCCGCCCAGAGCGGUGACAAGGCCAAGAAGUCUUCUAACCCGCUUACCGAUCUCAUCGAAACCGAAAAGUUAUACGUCGAGCAGCUCACAGGUAUUAUCCGAAAAGUUGCAGCGGCAUGGUCCCGCUCCAACCUCCCGCCCCCAGAAUUGGAUACCAUGUUCCGGAGCAUAGAGAGUAUCUACAAAGCUAAUCGUUCACUGCUAGCGAAACUCAAAGAGAUCGGUACCAACCCCAAAGGCCUAGGAGAUCUACUGAUGCGAUGGAUCGACGAUUUGGAGGGUCCCUACACCAACUACUCCAACAAGUACUGUUCCGGAUUCGACACAUGGGAACCUGUUCAAGCGAAUGCCCGCGUCCGCACUAUUCUCGCCAUGUUUUCUUCGUCCUGCCCCCCACCUCUGCCGACGUCGGCCCCCAUACAUCCCGCUGAACCGCCUAUAUGGACGUUGGACGAGCUUUUUAUCCUCCCCAAAGGUCGCAUCAAGUACUACAAGAAGCUCUAUAACCGGUUGCUUAAGAGCACGACCCCAGGUCGCAGCGACCACCGAAUGCUCUCCGGGGCACUCGAGAAACUGGACAAGCUGCUGGCGACGAUCGACAGUCGCGCCAGCGUGCGCGUGGGUGGCGGCAAUACCCCUACCCCGAACGAGGAAGCGCCGCCGCCCAUCGAAACUGAGGACGAGGUCGUGAUCGACAUGCGCACAAGACAGAGCACGCUCGAGCCGCAAUUGCGCGCCCCAGAGUCUGGGUCCACGUCGCCUUCCCAGCGCACAAGUGACUCGACGCGCGCGAGCGGGAGUCUAUCAAGCAGCGGUCGGCGAUCUGAGGAUACGGCGCCUACGACGGACAGCCGCACGUCGACGUCAACGCUGUCUAUGCCGAUUACUGACCUCGAGCGGAGGCUUUCCACCGAACGCACGCUAGACAUCUUCACGAUGAAGCCGAAGCAAGUGCGUUUGCAAAUCGCGCCUCCGAACCUACACUACACUCGAGAGCUGCGCUGCUCUACCUCUGUGGUAAUCAACUUCAUAUCGCGCUCGACGGGCGCCCAGGUCGUGCAAGAGCGUGGACACAUCUUCCUGCUUACAGACCUGAUGUUGGUGUGUGAGAAGAUGUCCCCGAAGGAGCUGGAGGUAGCCGGGCCCAACGGAGCCGACAUGUGGCUGUUGUACCCGCCUCUAGCAGGCAAACAUCUGCGCGUGGCGCCCGUAGAUGACGUUACUCUGUCUGUGACCAUUUUGCGGAAAGAGACCCUCAACCUACGGACAGACUCCACGGCCUCGCGGGACCGACUCAUCGCCGAUUUCAAGGAUUGUAUAGAGACUGCGGCUACGCUAUUCCCCUCCUCCUCCAAGAACCCUCCGCCCCCUGUGCCUGCCCUGCCAUCCCUUCCCGGAAAUAUGGGCAAUAGCACGUCCCGACCGCCCUCCGCGCCGCAGGACCGCAGCCAUCCACCUUCGAUUGCGGACACCCCACCACCCCCGGAGCGCUACAGCGGCGGCAGGAGUCCUCCUCGGGCGCUGUCGCCCGCCAGCAUGAAUUCUCGGCGAUCGGGCGGCCCCUCGGACCCCCCUUCUCGCGUGAACUCUGCAGGGGCAGCGCUUGCCGAUGCUGCAUUGGCAGGCGACAUGGGAAGGAUGAACAUAGGCACCGCAGCGUCUCCUACCGGAGCACAGCAACAGGGCGUCCCGCCCCGUGGGUCGUCCGCGUCGUCGGGUCCUGGCAGCCCUGGGGGUUUCAGUCCUGGGCAGGUCAUCCCCUUAGGAGGUUUUGGACCGGGGCAGGUCAUGCCCCAGGCGUUCGGUCCUGGACAAGUGAUGCCUCCGCAAUCCUUCGGCCCUGGGCAGCAUAUGCCGCCGCAAGGGUUCAGUCCCGGACAACAUCUGCCCCCGCAGAAUGUGCACCCGGGUUCGGGUCCCAUGGGCCGACCGCCUCCGGGGGCGUACGUUCCUCCGGGCGGCGGCCCUGGUCCGCAGCGCCAUCCGAGCUUCGGGCAUGGGCCUCCCCCACCCGGCCCUCAGGGACCUAACGGCAUGCCGCCGUCUCGUCAGCCUAGUUUGAACGGUCCCCAACAGGUCGGGCCCCCACAAGUCGGCCAGUCGUACCAGGGCAUGGGUGCUCCCCAACCUCGACCAGGUCAGCCUCCCAUGGGGAUGGGCGGGCCACCUCCUCGGCCGGGCAUGGGUCCCGGCGCGCCAGGGCAAGGUGGGGCUUACCCACCCCCACGACCGCCCUCCGAGCCUUCCAUGGACGGCCUGCGGAAGAUGCCUUCGACCCCAUCCCUUGGCGGGAGCCCCGGUGGGCCCCACCAGCGCGGCCCCCCGCCCCCGAUGCCAGGCUAUCCCGGGGACCUCCCGCCGCCGCGGCCGGGCUUCCUGCAGCGAACCGGCUCGUCGAGCUCGCUGCCGAACAUGGUCGGGGGCUUGCAGGCGCCGCAGCCGCGCCCGUUGCUGCCGUCGGCGCAGCUGAGCAUGCGCUCCGUGUCGACCGCGGGCUCGUUCUCGAUCGAGGACCCGAGCCCGCCCGGGUCGCCCGUGGAGGAGGUGCCGCGGCACACGGGCCCGGUGACGUCGACGGUGACGGCGCAGAUGAAGUGCAAGGUGUUCCUGAAGCAGCAGCACGCGCAGUGGAAGUCUCUCGGGAGCGCGAAGCUGCGGCUGUACCGCGAGGACCCGACGAACAUCAAGCAGCUCGUCGUCGAGGCGGACGACAAGCACAAGACGGUGCUGAUCUCGACGAUCGUGCUCACGGACGGCGUCGAGCGCGUGGGCAAGACGGGCGUCGCGAUCGAGCUGAGCGACAAGGGGAUGCGGACGGGCGUGGUUUAUAUGAUCCAGCUGCGGAACGAGAAGAGCGCGGCCGGGCUGUUCGACGAGCUGCUCGCGGGCUCGGACCGGGCGAACGGGCGGUGAGGGUGUGCGGGUACGGGACGGGUUGGGCUCGUGCAGGCGGACUUGACGAGGCGACGCGGACUCGUAGCUCCUUUCUUAGUUGUUUGGUUGAACCUCCAUCUAUUCGAGUUAUCAUCACACUCUUUCACCAGCCAUGCCAUCCUCAUUUGACACUCUUUCAUCGUCUGCCAACUCACGUACCCGCUGCGCUCAUCACUACACAUCUCUUUCCAUCCCCUCCAAGUCAUUGAUUAUACCCAGUCACAACCCCCAUCAUGGUUCGCCGCCGCAGUCGUCACUACAAUAAAGCUUCUAUUAGCAUAUCGCCCUACCUUCCUCUCUACCUCCACAUGGCUGUAGCCUAUACUGCUCGUUCCGGCCUCUAAUGACUACCGUUUCCGUGCAAUGUUCGUUUGUGUGCUGCUCCCCCCUGAUCAUCUGAUCGUCUGUUCUUCAAGUGGACGGCCAGCGCAGGUCGGCAGCGAGCGAGAUGUGGUCGCUGCCGCACACGCCCUUCCGGGGCAGUCCUUCUCCAAACGAGUCCUUGCUGUGAGGCUUCGCGAGUCUCACAACUGAAACGUCGCGCCCAGGUGCAUCCAGCACGAAGAUGUAAUCUAGCACUGCCUGCCAAUAAUGUGUAUAGCUUGUGUAUACAGGCUCGAACGCACCGCGGCGCCCCUCAGGUAUCGACACUCUGCUUCCGAACGUUAGCCCGCCCACCGCGAGGUCCGGGAGCGUCCGCAGGCCAGUGUCGUAGGCACUGGUAGGCGUCCCCGACUGUCUGAAAAGAUCCUCGAGCUCGGUGUCCGUCAAGAGCCCAUCGGUGGGCUGUGCGGCGCGCGCAUGGACGAUGAUCCUGUCCGAAUUGUUCUCGCCGGACUCGGCGCCCUCUUCUUCUUCCUCCGCUGCCGAGGCACCGUCUACGCUGAUGGCGGGGUCUACUGUUGCAUGCACGACGCGGGAGCUCUCCAGCCGGGCCUUCUGCGCGGGCAAUAGCUCGUCGCCGACGAGCAAGGAGUAGGCGGGGUCGUCGGGGCCGAAGUUGAAGUCACCGGCAAGAAUGCAUGGCCAGCGUUGUUCGACUUCUGUCCCUUCUGACCGGAACUUGGUCACUUCUCGGACCAGAACCCCAGCUUGUCUUGCUCGCUCGUAGGCGUAUGCUGGAUGCCAGAACAAGUGCGUUGUAGCUACUAUUAUACCAUCGUCCCCCCCUCCCAGCUGGCGGAGGGCGACAAGAGAGCCGAUGUUCUUGGUACGGAAGCUAAGCCCGCGACGUGCGUUUCCGUCGCCUUCUGCUCGGACUUCCUCUUCAUCGUAAACUACCACUUUCUGGCGGACACAUUCAUAGGCGUCUUUUCUGUAGGCGAUGAGGCAGCCAUGCUUCUUGCGAGGGCCUACGGCGUAUACCCAGGAGUAUCCAGACUUCUCUAGCUGGGGGAACAGUUUCUCUGUCCUGUCUACCUCCUGAAGGCAACAAAUCGUCGCGUUGUGGGAGUUGAUCUCAUUAUAGAGCAUGUGCUCUCGUUGACCGGCUUUCAGGCAGUCGCUAGUGGGAAAAAGUUCGCGCCGAACGAGGCUCUGGGCUAAGAGGUUCCAUGUCAUCAAUCU